AGGUGUGACAAACAAGGGCCUUGAAUGCAUUUCACUUCUUUCUAUUGUUCCCAUGAGGAGCGUUACAGAAACGUCCGUUGAAUGAAUUCAACUAGUUGUUCAACAUCGUAGAGUGAAUCAACACGUUGACGAGGCUCGCACCGCAGUGGGGUGACAACCCAAGAUGGCUCGGUUUGGUUGGAUUAUAGCUUUGGCUUUUAUAAAUGAAGUCCGUGGAGUCAUCGUGGAUACCCAAAAUGGGCCUGUUUUGGGCAAGAUAGAGACCAGUUUUGAAGGCAACGACUUUUUCGGAUUUCACAGCAUUCCUUAUGCGCAGCCCCCCCUUGGAGACCUCAGAUUUCGGGAUCCUUUGCCUUUUGGUGAUUGGGAGGGGGUUCUCGAUGCCACUGAGGAUGGUCAAGCAUGCAUUCAAAUCCCUCCUCUGAUUGAAACUGGAACGAUUGGCCAAGAGGAUUGCUUAUGGUUGAGCGUAUAUACGCCAAGUGUAAUUCCAGACACCAAUCUACCUGUGGUGGUCUGGAUCCAUGGGGGACGAUGGUUGGUUGGAUCUGCACGUCAAAACACUUAUGGACCGCAUCAACUCGUCGACCGCGGUGUGAUUGUGGUUCAAAUCCAAUACCGAUUGGGUGCCCUUGGAUGGCUGAGCACUGAAGACUCGGUCGCUCCAGGAAACUAUGGCUUCAAAGAUCAACUACUGGCUUUGAAGUGGGUUAAGGCCAAUAUCCAUGCCUUUGGUGGGAACCCCGAACAGAUCACUCUUCUGGGACAGAGUGCAGGAGGUGCCAGUGCCCAUGCCCACAGCAUCUCUCCCUUGAGUAAGGGACUGUUCCAACGUGUCAUCUCCAUGAGUGGAACAGCCAACGCCGCUUGGUCAGGAAAGCAAACCGACCAUGCUGCAGUAGCGAAGAAACAAGCAGGGUUUGUGGGUUGCCCCACCGACACCUCGGAGGCCCUGAUUGAAUGUCUCCGGACUGUGGAUGCUGUUAAGUUGACAUCUUCCGCCACGGGGUUCUCUCAAUUCUUUCCUGACUCUGGUGCGAAAUUGCCUAUGGGCACAUUUUAUCCUCGUGUUGAUGCAGAAGCCAAGGAACCAUUUUGGACCAUGGAUCCGGUCGAGGCUUUAACAUUGGGUAAAUUCAACAAGGACAUUGCCUUCAUGACUGGCUUGGCUUCCUUGGAAUCGAGUUGGUUCACUGUUGAGCUCUUUGGAGAGAUGUGGGCAGACAGAUUGGCUUAUGCCAAUGAAAAUCAGCAAGAGGUCUUCAAACUUUUCUUUCCUCAUCCAAACAUUGGACCAGAGGAUCGAGAUAAGGCAUUCGAAUUCUACUUCAAUCGCCAAAAGUGGAAUCGAGCCGAACAUCGCGUGAAAGCUGCUGAAUUGAUGACAGACUCGCUUUUCAAUCUUGACGUGAUUCAAGGCGUCUAUCUGCAUACUCGGCAAUCCCACUCAGAUGUGUAUUUCUAUAAAUUUAAUUACAUUGGAAGUUGGGGCUAUGUCAAUUUGUACAAGGAAAAUCCGGCCUAUCACGGAGGAGUGGCUCACUUGGACGACUUACGUUACGUUAUGAGCAUGCCUUGGACUGGCCCUCAUAACGAAGAGGAUAAGGCCAUGGUCAAGUUGUACACAACCUUGUUUGCCAACUUCAUUCGGACUGGAGAUCCCUCCAUUGAAGACAGGCAUUGGGCCCCGUACCUUCCAUUAGAGGGAGCUUACAUAAAUAUCAAUUCGCCAAGUGAUGUCGAAAUGAGUCGAUGUCUGCCCAUUCCCGCCGACCGGCUCAAUCUUUGGCGGGAUAUGGUUAAAGUGAAAGAGAACUUGCAAGAGGAUUAUUUGGUUGAAUGCCAGGCUCGUGAUAUCAUGCUCGAUCAAUGUAAUGCAAAUUAUUAAAAGAGGACGAUAGUGA